UGUCCGUGGACGCUGUGCUGCUGUCCAUUCUGAGGAAACGGGAGGACGGAGGAGGAGAAGGAGGAGGAGGAGGACAUUGCUGCAUUGACAUUCAUGAUUCAGGAGUUUGUAGCCCAGUACGAUCCCGAUCCGAAAAACCGUAUGGGGACACUGUUCACUUUCGUCGACGAAUAUUCAGCACAGCACAAGUUAUGCGAGGAGACAAUUGGGGAAGUUUUAUUUAUUUUUAGCGACGAAGAAUCGACAUGCAAGAAGAAGAAGGGGACACAUUAUUAUUUCGGACGAGGCGAUCCUCGUGAAUGUCUGCAGCCACAAACUGGACGGAGCUGAUUUCUUCUCCCAGACUGCCCUCUGCAGGAGCCUUACCAGACCCUUCUGGCAGGAUGAACAAUGACAUCUACAUUCACUACAACUACACAGGAAAGCUGGACAACCGCAAAGACACCUCAGUUGUCAGCACCUCAGAUGUGAAAACUGUCAUAUUCUUGAUCAUAUGCAGCUUCAUAGUCCUGGAGAACCUAAUAGUACUGGUGGCAAUAUGGAAAAACCACAAAUUCCAUAACCGCAUGUACUUCUUCAUCGGGAAUCUUGCCCUCUGUGAUUUGCUUGCUGGAGUGGCGUACACAGUCAACUUGCUCAUGUCAGGGAAGAAAACGCUUGGCCUUUCCCCAGCUGUUUGGUUUUUGAGGGAAGGGAGCAUGUUUGUUGCACUCGGGGCAUCCAUAUUCAGCUUGUUGGCAAUUGCAAUAGAGAGGCACAUGACCAUGAUCAAAAUGCGGCCUUACGAUUCCAAUAAAAGGUACAGGGUGUUCCUGCUCAUCGGAACCUGUUGGCUGGUUGCUGUUUCUUUGGGAGCCCUACCUAUCCUUGGCUGGAACUGUCUGGACAACCUUCCAGACUGUUCAACGAUCCUACCACUCUAUUCUAAGAAGUACGUGGCCUUCUGCAUUACCAUUUUCAUGGCCCUGCUCCUGGCUAUCUCAGUGCUGUACGCUCGCAUUUACAUACUGGUCAAGUCCAGCAGCCGCAAGGUGACGAAGCACAGCAACUCAGAGCGCUCCAUGGCUCUGCUGCGGACAGUCAUCAUCGUGGUGGGCAUCUUCAUUGCCUGCUGGACACCCAUUUUUGUCCUGCUGCUGAUCGACGUAGCGUGUGAGCACAAAAGAUGCGGCGUUCUUUUCAAGGCCGACUGGUUCAUUGCUGUGGCCGUGCUCAACUCUGCUUUGAACCCCAUCAUCUACACGUUAGCCAGCAAGGAGAUGCGACGAGCCUUUCUUGGAAUUAUCUGCAGCUGCCUUCUCAGGACAAAGGUGGCGAGUGCCCUGCCGAUGCAGCACACCCCAGACAUCAGCAGGAGCAAGUCCAGCAGCAGCCACUACCAGAAACCAAGGGACAAGGAGAGUCCAGAGAUUGUGGUCUUUCCUGUGUCUCAGAAGCGUGUCAUGGCUUCUAAUGAUGGGGACUGUUGA